UCUAUUGAAAUAUCGUUUUCUUUUCUCUGUUCGCUAACAAAGGAGCGAAACGCAUACCCGCAUUGACCGUGUCUCUCAUGGUUCGAGGGCAUUUGGCUUCAGCGCAGGCGCACAAACCCCGCCUCUCUCCUGUGCUGUGUGCAUUCGCAUUGUGUCUAAACAGGCAGCGAGCAAAAAGAUAUUUUACCAACAGCAGUAAUGUCGGGCAGGUCGGUUCGAGCGGAGACGCGGAGCAGGGCGAAAGAUGACAUCAAGCGGGUUAUGGCUGCAAUUGAAAAAGUGCGGAAAUGGGAGAAGAAAUGGGUGACUGUUGGUGACACGUCACUACGAAUCUACAAGUGGGUACCAGUGACAGAGCCCAAGUCAGAUGAUAAGAACAAAAACAAGAAGAAAGGCAAAGAUGACAACAAGUAUGGCUCUGAGGUCACGACCCCUGAGAACAGUUCCUCUCCUGGAAUGAUGGAUAUGCAUGAUGAUAACAGUAACCAGAGCUCCAUUGCAGACUCCUCCCCACUGAAGCAGGAGAACAGCACCAACACUAGUCCUGCACCUGAACCCAUGGCAGCUUCUCAGAGUGACAGCAAUGACAUGAAAAGUGACCUAUAUCCUUCCAAACAGCCUUCUUCUGGUCAGGAUCAUAAGAGUGAACAAAACCACUGCUCAUCAGAGUCUAGGACAGCCAAAAGGGACAGCAAGUCACAAGGAGAUUCGGAGCACUUUUUAGACUCUUCCAAAUCAGCCCAGGAAUUGGAAGAUGGGGCUCCCUCAAGCAAAAAAGGAAAACUCGACUCUUCCUCUGAAGAAAGUUAACUAUCUUCUACCAGCUGUUAUGCAUUUGUGAUCCCAGUCUCUUAUCCCAAAACACAUCACAACAUUUUAGUUCUACACUUAUCCCUACUGCCAUCUAUUCACAAGAACCCUGUCUUUUGCGGUCAGUUUUAGUGUAAAGGGCAUGUCUGGAUCGUCUUUGUAUGAGUUAAGGCAAUGAAUCAAGCUGUGAGAUAGUGUACUGAUCCUAAAACAAUUCAUGCUGCCCUGCAAUCACCACGUGCUGUUUCUUUUGCCAAGAUCAGAACCGUCAAUUGAAAUGGCACUGGAACUGCCAUAGUUUUUCUAAAUUGGCAUUAUCAACUGCCGUUUGUGAAUUUUUUUUUUAUUUUUUUAUUUGCAUCACCUUUUCUUGUUCACUCAGGAAGGUCAACACUGUUUGUUUUUUUGUUUUUGUUUUUUAAUCACGGUGAAAGUAAUUGAUUUCUGCUGCUGUAGUUUAGAGAGAUUUCACCAUAAGUAGCUAAAUAUAAAAAAAAUACUACAAAUGGUACUAGUCACGAGUUAUUCAAAUACUCCUGUGAAGACCAUAGCUUGUAGCGUAGGCCUUGCUUGGUUGAGUGCAUUUGUAUUACUGAGAAGAGGAUUUUUUUUUUCCUCAUCUUGUUUUUGACUACACAUUUUGGUUCUCAUUUGUUUUUUGUUUUUGUUUUUCAAAUAUCUACAGUAGGUAAGUCGAAAAUGUUAAUUUUCACCAAUGCUCAACUCAAACCAAGCUUUGAAAUGCUGGUUGCCAUUUCAACAGCACUACAACCUUCCAACGUACAUACAGUAAGGAGCUACAAUAAUUGCAUCAUUUUGAUACGUCAAAUUGACAAAUGACUGAUUCUUUUCUCUAUUCAAAUGUACUGACUGCAUGUGUCGUCGUCCAAGGAAAAAGGUGACAUUGAUUAGAUUGUACCACAGGCAAGUUAUGGGUAGACAGCUGUGCGAAUACCUCAUACUCAGUCCAGCAGUGCUGGAAUGUAAACACUAAGUAUGACUUUCUCGAACUUACUCUGUUACGUAUGCUUGAAAAAUAAAAUGUAUAUAUUUAUACGAUUACGUUUUUGCUACCCUUAUGUUUAUGCCACAGUAUUUCGCCAAACUGCCUUCUGUAGGUCAAUCUUUGAAACUUUUAGCAAAAUGUAUUCAUUGGGACCAUAUUGUUUUUUUUUCUUUCCCAGUCUAUAAUAGAAAUGUCUUGUACAUAAGUAUGGUUGUCUAUCCUAUUUAUUCCACAUGUAGUUUAAUGGUUUUCUAAAAAACAAAAACAAAUAAAAGAAAAUA